GUGUGUUCGAUGUGCGCGCGUGUAAAAUCAUCUGUUACUUGUAAUAAUUUUGUCGCAGUAUCACCAGUAUAUCACGGAUUUUUUUACUUGAGGGCACAACAUCAUUAACAAAAACAAUGAACAGCGCAAAGAACAACAACAGCAUCGUUAAAGAUGAAGCUCCAGCAGCAUCACACGAGGCUCUGUCCGGCAUCACACCCGAGGAGAACGAGCAGGAGCGCGAGCUUGCCCAGCGUGCUCUUCACGAGUACAACAAGAGCAACUACGAGGAGUGCUCCAAGAUCCUGGGCCAGCUCGAGCGGCUCAGGCCUCAUGACCUUAAGGUAACCCACAACAAAUUGAUCGUCGACUUUGAGAAGAGCAUCGAUGCCAGGAGGGUCGAGAUCCUCACCAAGAGCCUCCAGGGGAUCAGCAACAGCGCCAAGGAGACGGAGGCCCUCGAGAAGAGCGUCCUGCACUACAACCAGGCGGUCAUGAUGUAUCACGCGGGACAGUAUCGCGCCGCCCUCGAGAUCGCCAAUUCGCUCUUUUCCCUCAUAGAGCCCAUGGAUGAACUUUUUGUACAUAAAAUUUGCCUGCUACUCAUCGAGCUGCACUUGGCCCUUGGAAAGCAGGACACAGCUCUAGCUGUCGUUCAUUUUGCGGAAAAUCAUUUCACCUCAGCUGGUGCUAUUGACGCUGUCAAAUCAACUUUGGGUGAACAGAGUCCGAACCAGAAACAAGAGGCAGCACUUAAAACUGCUGCCAAAGUUGUGACGAGUUUUGCAGCAGCAUCUCCAUCGGCAGCGGACAAAGAUCAGAAGAAGGACAAUUUUGACUCUGCCAUGGAUACAGAUUUUAAGAUAAAAUUGUUAAAGUGCAAGCUCAGAGUGUAUCUGAAGACGCUUCAAGUGAAAAAUUACAGGAAUGAACUCAAACUUAAUUUGGUCUCUCGUCUGCUACCUAUGUCUCUUACCUCGACAAUCUUGAUGAGAGCAAAUCACGAAUUUUUGAGGAAAAAUUUCAAAAAAGCCAUUAAACUUUUAAACUCCAUCGACAACAAGUCUGUUCCAGAUUUCAAAACUAGUGGUGAGUGUAUUCCAGUUUUGUAUUACAAUAACAUGGCUAGUAUACAUUUUGCUUUGGGGAAGCCAAAUUUAGCCAGUUAUUAUUUAAAAGCUGCUAUUAAUGAAAAUAAAAAAGCUGUUGAAAAUUUGCAAAAUACAGACAAUAUAAAGCCCCAACCACAGCUUCAUGCUCUUAUUAAAAGCAAACAUUAUGAAUUAAUGUACAGUCUAGGAGUUAGCUUUUUGUAUUCAGGGCAAGCAGCAAAAGCUUUUGAUUGUUUUAUUGAGGCUGCCCAACAGUUUCACAACGAAUCAAGACUUUGGUUGAGGAUGGCAGAAUGUUGUAUUAUUUGUCACAAACCUUCAAAUAAAGCAGAUGUAGACAUUCUUGAAGGUCGAAAAAAUCUUGUUACUAAAAUUAUUGGGGAGAAAAACGAAAAUUGUACAGUUAAUAGGAAAUUUAUUUUAAAUAACACUAUGUCCAAAACAUACACUUAUGGGUAUGAAGGAUUAUCUUUUGCAAUACCUCAGCCGACUUUAGAAUAUGGAAUGCUGUGUCUUAAAAAUGCACUUUUUUUGCUACCAAAGUCAAAAUAUGAAGAAACAAAUCUGCCUAUGACAAAUUUUCCUGCAGGAGAAGGAAUAAAGAAAAUGGCUGAAAGACAUCAUCCAAUUUUCCUAGAAACUUUUUCAACAGCAGGGAAUCCAAAACUAGCUAACAAUAUUUCAAUGAUGAAUCCCAGUUCGAAUCAAAACUCAAAUACUCAAACUGAACCAUGUCAACAAACAGUAGUAGAACAUUUGAAUUUAAAAAUUAGUAUUUUAACUGCUAGUGCAUAUGUUUCUUUGUGCUUGGGCGAUUACAUAUCAGCACUGGAAUACUCAAAAUCUCUUCUCAGUAUAAAGCAAUUACCAGGUGCACAACGUUUGCUUGGAAAUCUGUAUGCAGCAGAGAGUUUAAUAUGUUUGGACAGGAUAUACGAGGCGCUGGAGUAUUUGAAACCCGAAAAACUCCUUAAUGCGUCUACUUAUAUUCCGAUUCAAGAAAUCAGUGAUGACAAAGAAAAAGUUAUUGAAGAAAUCAUUGAACAAAAACCUACUAAAGUUUCGUGGUAUCCGUCAGACAUGGCUUCUGCAACAGCGAUUCUCCAGUACAACAUGUCAGUUGCUUAUGCAAUUCGCGGAGAGUUAGAUAAAUGUACAGAGGUAUUAAAACAGAUUUGGAAUACAAGGAGACCAAAUUCUGACAUUCCUAUACAUGUAAUCAUGUUGGCUGUUUAUAUCGAAUUACAACAAGGAAAUGCAGAAACCGCUCGUAACUUGAUAGAUAGGCACUACUGUUCGACAUUGUCAUUAUGAUUUAGUACACUUAAAUGAGAAGAGCUAUAUAUAAAUAUAUAUACACAUAUAAUAUUUAAAUUUUUAAGAUCAAUUUUGUAAAUACUAGAUUUAUUUCGUUAUUAAAAA